GCAUGCUCGUCGACUACGUCCUCGCCGCCAUCAUGCUCGGGUUCACUGCGUGGACAUACGAGCUCCUCGGGCGGUCCGAGCACGCUGCGUACCUCGUCGGCAGCUGCAUCCUGCUCCUCAUCUGGCGCAGCGUCGUGCUCUCGGCGCCAUCCUCGACGACCGAGCCGACGCUCGAGCUCUUGGAGGGCGAGAUCGACGACGUCGCCAAGGCGCUGCCGACCAAGCCGGCGACCCGUCCUAUGAAUUGCAGCGACGUGCCAACGCCGAGCGAGAAGCUCAUCUUGACGUCGCUCAUUGACGAGCCGAUCGGUAGCAUUCGCAUCCUCGUGGGCCCGUCCGGCGCGUUUGGCGGCCGCCUCGAGAAGAACGAGAUCAUCUUGGAAGACAGCGUCGUGAGCCGCGUGCAUUUCUCGCUCUCGUGUGUCCGCAACACGUACUACCUCCAGGACGUCGGGUCGACGACUGGUACGUUCCUCUACUUGGCGCCGCACGAGACACGGCUCCUGAGCAUGCACGACCACGUCAAGAUUGGCGACUCCGAGUUCCGCAUCGUCGACGCCUCGUUCCACGGCAAGUCGUCGCCGUACCUCCAAAUCAAGUUUACGAAGGGACCGAUGGAGGGCGUGACGCAGCGCAUUGGCUCGUCGCUCGUCACGAUCGGUCGCAAAACCAGCUGCACGCUCUGCAUUGAGAACGACGUGACAGUCUCGGGCGCCCACUGCACGAUCGAGUUUCGCGCACCGGUCUCGAAUUCGAGCGCCGACUCGGACGACGAACAAAGCCUCUGCGGGUUUUACCUCACCGACCUCGGCAGCACCAACGGCACGGGCUUUCGCUUGAGUCCCUCGGGCCUGUCGUCCGAGAAGACGCGGCUGCACCACGGCGAUGUCUUUGGCGUCGGCUGCACCCGCUUCCUUGUCCAGCACGCGAGCAAGCUCCACGAAGACGCCAGCACGAGAAUAGCAUAGCGUUGUCAUCCCAACCCAUCGCCCUUGUUGAUAUUAUAUCCAAAC